AUGCCUGCUAUUACCCCUGGUCGUAUCUGCCUUACCCUUACCGGCCUCGCGACCGCAAUUGGGCCUUAUGUGGCAGAUUGGAAUAAGACUCACGUGAAGAAUCCCAAGUGGCCCCCGCACGCGAAAUUUCACAAUGGGCAAACAAUGUCGACCGGUCUCUGCCUUGGUCUUUUGACCAUCUAUUACACAUGGCAGCCCUAUACCGCCGCUACUGCAUUUUCUUUACGAACGGCCGCAAUCUUCGGAAGCCUCUACGGCGCAACUGCGCUCAGUGGCAUUCUCUACCCGGGCGCUCUGGCCAUUGAUCCAGAAUUCGGCGAAGGCUUUCCCCAGGGUCCUUUGUUUUUGGGAAACAACAACUCCUACCUGGUCAAGCGCAAAUCCGGCGGUGGGUCUCGCUUCUCACGAGACCCUCUUAAUUUGAUGAAUAAGGAGUCUCGAAAGUACGCAGGAUUUGUGAACAACAAGGCUGUCGGCCUCCACCCUACCGAGAAGGGAGGUGUCAAAUUGGUGACUAAGAAAACGAAACACCCCAAUCGUCCUGCCGCAAAUAGGAAUGAGAUUACGUGGGCCGAGAAUACGUCUGGACCAAAGAUCUAUAAAGGGGUAGUCAAUCAUACUGCGAAACAAGGAUACAGAGCAGAUUUGAGACAAGAAGUCGUUGCCCGAGCAAGUGCCAUCAAAGAAUCACAAAGGCCAAAGAAGGAGAAUCCCGAGCCCAAACUGCGCGGUCCAAAAGCAAAGAAGUCGGAAGAAAAGACCACAUGA